AUGGAGGAAGAACAACAACAGUGUGGGCCAGAGACCAGUGGUGGGGAAUCUGUGGGACUAGGUGAUUUGUCACUCCCUCCAUGCCCCAAGUGUAACAAGAGGCAUAAGGGGAGAUGUCGAAGGGAAACGAGGACCUGCUAUCGGUGCGGCAAACCCGGCCACCUUGCAUGGGAAUGUCAGGCACUUCCAAUCAAUGCUAUCCACAUUAGCCAGUUUUGGGGAGAUGGUCAAGCAUCCCGAGGCGGACAGCAGAGGAACGCCGCCUCAACACGAGUCUAUUCUCUAACACUGGGAGAGGAUAAAGCUAUUGAUUUGUUUGAUUUAGGGGCGACACAUUCCUUCAUAGCACAGGAAUUUAUCAAAGUGUGUGGGAUGGAAACUCAGCCUCUGGAUGUUGAUCUAUUGGUGGCCACACCGAUGGGGAUCGUGGUAGUGUGUAAAGGGACUCUUAAAGGUUAUCCAAUCUGUAUACAGGGGAGAACACUGUCAACUGAUCUAGCGGCUUUUGACAUGCACAAUUUUGAUAAAAUUCUGGGGAUGGACUGGCUAACAUCUAGCUAUGCCAGGAACACAGCCACACGGGUGUUCUUUAAGAUUGAUCUUCAAUCAGGGUACCAUCAUGUGAGAGUUAAGGCAGAGGAUGCCUAA